AUGGCCAAAGCAAUACAAGCAGCAUCAUCAUCAGUGUACAAUUUCUUUGCACGUGGCAGACGCAAUGAAAAUUCAAGCGAAAGCCAUAUAUCAGAUCCGGAUGUUUCUAACAGUCUACUGUAUGCACAAAAUUUGGCAGGGACCAAGUACGAUCGAGAUCACGACCCUCCAGGCUGGUUUAAUGCCCUCAAGACGUCUCUUGCUCACUUGGCAUGGAUCACAAAACCGUCUCUCACUCCUGACCUUCAAGUUGUCAAAGGGCAAGACGUCAAUGACCUCGUUCAUGCUGUCCUCAAGCUAGCAGCUGAUGAUCAGCUGUCUCAGGAAGCUCUCAAACAGAUACAGCAAUACAUUGAGACUCACAAAGAUGUACUAAAUCCCGAAGCAAAUGUCAAAGUGACAUAUACUUCAGCACAUUUCUCAACUUCUCCUUCUACUGAUGGCUGGAUAAAGCUGUUUGUCUUCUAUGGCAGAAUGCCAGAGUCUCAUGAAGUUGAAGUUUACUACGAAACAGUCUACAUGAAAGUAAACAAGAAAGCCUACAGCGAAGUACGAGCAGGAGUGAUACAGAAGCUUGACGAAGAUGCCAAAAAGCACAUCCCUGAUUUAUCAGGCCACUAGAAAUAUUAUUCUAGAUGACAUUUGUACGACAAUUGCUGCACCAAGGACAUAAUAGAUCAUUUGCACUAAGAAUAGAGUUGAAUGUCGCUUUAUGGCUUUUGCUUUUGCAUCAUGCACCAUGGUUUAGA